ACUAUAAACAGAGUUGUUUGUAUUGUGGUUUACAUGCAUGGGUUCAUUUAUAAGAAGCAGCAUGGGAGAGGCAACUGGUGAUUUAGAUUUACAGUCUGAUGAGUUUAAAGAAUUUUCAAAUUCUGAAGAUGUGAAGCCACUUCUAUCUACAGUAUUUUCAUCUUCUUCUGACAUAAAAACAGAAUUAUCAUUUUUAACUUUCCGUGAUAUCAAACCAAACAUGACAUUUAUAAAUUCACAGGAUGAUAAAACCGUUGUUACGCCAGAUUUUUCAUCUUCUACAGACACAAAGUCAGAAUGUACAACAUUUUCCUCUUUUGAUGAUGUAAAACACCAUAUGACAUUUCUAACUUCUCAAGAUAAAACAACAGGAUUUUUAAUUUUUAAAGAUAUGGAACCUGCUGUAUCAGCAGUAUGUACAAAAUCUGAAGAUUUAAAACCAGAAUUAGCAAUUUUAUCAACUAGUGAAGAUAUAAAACCAGAAUUAGAAACUUUAUCAACUGCUGAAGAUACAAAUCCAGAAUUAGAAAAUAUAUCAAUAUCAACUAGUGAAGAUCUAAAACGAGAAUUAGAAACUUUAUCAACUAGCGAAGAUAUAAUACCAGAAUUAGAAACUUUAUCAACCAACAAAGAUAUAAAACCAGAUUUAUGGACAAAAUUUUUAGAUUCUGAGGACAAACAACAAAAUGGACUUGAAGAAAAGCUAAAACUCUCUGAAGAUGAAACAUAUCUGUCUGUUGAUCCUCAUGAUCAUCAUGAACAGUUUUUUCAAAGAUCUAACUUGAAUAAAAAAGCUCAAGUAGGGGAGAGGCCACUUGAAUGUGAUGCUUGCCAUAAAAGGUUUUCAGAUAGUUCUAGGUUAAGUAAACAUAAAAAAAUUCAUUCUGGAGAUAAGCCAUAUGAAUGUGAUGAAACAUAUCUGUCUGUUGAUCCUCAUGAUCAUCAUGAACAGUUUUUUCAAAGAUCUAACUUGAAUAAAAAAGCUCAAGUAGGGGAGAGGCCACUUGAAUGUGAUGCUUGCCAUAAAAGGUUUUCAGAUAGUUCUAGUUCUAGUUUAAGGAAACAUAGAAAAGUUCAUACUGGAGAUAAGCCAGAUUAA